GUAGAUCUACUCUGUUUUCAUACAUACACGAUGACACCUAUGUGUAUCUGUAAUUUACCGAUAUUUCAGUUUAUAUUCAAAUCUGUGAUUUCCUGCUGUAACUAUUCUAAUGGAUAUUAAUAUGGAAUUCAGUUUGUAAUAAAUAGUAUCAUUUCAAAAGCCUAAUCAUCGGAUUUAAAAAAAAAUUAGGCAAUAUUUCCAAGUUGUUAAAAAAAUAGUUCGCUAGGAUAGUUUGUUGUUAUUUAAUAGUGUUUACAGCAGAGUGCGAACUAAUGGUCGGUUUGUGGUUUGUAAGGCAUUAAGCUUUGAGAAUUGAGGAGAAAUGUUAAAGUUCUUUAAAAAACACCCUCCCAAGGAAGGGGAGGAACGAGAACGACUAAAAAAGGAGCUAUUCAAAUUUCAAAAGUGUGUUGAGCACGGAUUCCCAUCCAAACCCAGUGCAUUAGCCUACGACCCAAAGCUUCAGCUUCUGGCAGUUGGUACAAAAUCAGGAGCAGUUAAAGUAUUUGGAACACCAGGUUUUGAGGUUUCUGCUAACCAUGAAGGGGAUAUAUCUGUGACAAACUUGUUCUUCAUUCCUGAAGAGGGUCGUCUUAUCUCAGCAUGCAGUGAUAGUUCUUUGCAUCUUUGGGAGAUCAACAACAAAGAUGGAACUUGUGUCUUAGAAGAGAGAAAAACUGAAGGUGCAGAGUCACUAAAAGUGAAGAACCUGUCCACUUGUUGCUUGAGUACAGACUUUAGUACAUUGUUUGUUGGGACAGAGAAUGGUAGUGUCCAUUAUAUUGAUGUCAAAAGUCUUACUGAAAUCAAUGUAGUCAUUAUGGAUGCCAUCAUUCAAAAUGUUACCGAUGACUACAAAGUUAACCCUGGUGCAGUAGAAGCUAUUGCUAACAAUCCUGCCAACAGUGAGAAGAUACUAAUAGGCUUUAACAGGGGAUUAAUAGUGCUUUGGAAUACUAAAGAAAAUGUAUCAGAGGGUAACUUCAAAGCAACUCAGCAACUUGAAUCCAUAGCCUGGAAUCGAAGAGGAGAUGAAUUCAUUAGUGCACACAAUGAUGGCAGUUACAUUACAUGGAAUGCUAGAGAUUUCACUGAACCAAAGGAGCAAGCCGUUACACCUUAUGGUCCUUUUCCUUGCAAAGCUAUAAAUAAAAUUCAAUGGAAAAUGACAAAGAAUGAACCCCUUAUUGUCAUCUCUGGAGGUAUGCCUCGUGCCAGCUAUGGAGAUCGCCACACUGUCAGCAUCAUGCAAGGUGACAACCAUGUUGUAGCUGAUCUUACAUCUAGAGUUGUUGAUUUCCUGACUAUCAACAGAGCGGAUGAGAAAGAUGCCAUUGAAACAGAUAGGGAUGAUCCACAAGCACUUGUGAUUUUAGCUGAAGAGGAACUUGUUGUGUUAGAUUUAGAAUCAGAAUCCUGGCCCUGUUUUAGGUUGCCAUAUCUGAAUAGUGUUCAUUCUUCUGCUGUCACAUGCUCCCAACACAUAAAUGACAUUCCAGAACAGUUGUGGCAGAAGUUGAUCGAUGCAGGCGACAAUCAGUGCAAGAAUUUUACUCACAGAGAAUGGCCAAUCAAUGGUGGAAAGAAUUUGGUGACACCUUCUGUUUCCAAAGACUUGCUUUUGACUGGUCACGAGGAUGGUACUGUACGAUUCUGGGAUGCUUCCAACUCCAGUCUCAGAUUGAUCUAUAAGCUGAGCACAGCUCCAGUGUUUGGAGUUCAAGACCACACUUCAGAUUCUCAUACACCAGAAGAAGAAGAAUGGCCUCCAUUCAGGAAGGUGGGCACAUUUGACCCAUUUAGUGAUGACCCAAGGCUGGCUAUCCAAAAACUGGCCCUGUGUGCACUUAGUGAGACUCUAGUGGCAGCUGGUUCAGCUGGCCAGGUUCUUAUUUUUAACAUGGAAAGACAAGAAAGAGAACAGGAUCUAAAGGAAGUGAAAGUCAAUAUCAUGAGUGAUCAUGAAGGCUUUGUCUGGAAGGGUCAUGAAGCUCUAAGCUGCAAGAUCGAUGACCUGAAAUAUGCAGCAGGAUUCCAGCCGACAUGUAUUAUGCAACUGGACCCACCUGCAGCUUGUACAGCUUUAGCUCUGCAUUCUGAGUGGCAGCUUGUAGCAGCAGGGACAGGCCAAGGUUUUGCACUCUUGGAUUAUGCACAAAAGAAAGAGGUUGCAACAAGAUGCACACUAAAUCCUAAUGACCUUCAUGGAACAUCAGAUACAGCAAUGUCUCGUAGGAAAUCCUUAAAGAAAUCCCUCCGUGAAUCAUUCCGCAGACUUCGUAGGCGGCGAUCUGAGAAAAAAGUAAAAGAAGACAAACCAAAAAAAGACGAUAGUCAAACUACUACACAACAUAUAGAGGAAACUACAACGGCAGCACAUUCAGCAGCACCAGCAGCUACAAGCUCUACAACAGGGGCAGGGGAUUGUAAACCAGAAGAGAGACAAGUUGAGGCAAGAAGUGGUGAUGAUUCUAUGGCCUCCAUGGUUCGAUCACUGUACUUUGCAGAUACAUUUAUUGUAAAUGGUGUGACCCACAGUCCAUCACUUUGGGUAGGAACAAAUGGUGGCCAUAUAUUUGUUUACAACCUGACAGUACCAGCUUCAGAUAAGCGUACUUCUGACUAUGUGUCUUGCCUGCUGGCUAAAGAAAUUAAAUUGAAACAUCGUGCUCCUGUGCUGUGUAUGGCAGUUAUAGAUGGGAAAAACAAUGUUUUGCCUGAUGCAUUUGAAGUGAUCAACGAGAGGGCUAAAGCUCCAGACAUGGAGAGUCAGCAUUCCAUUAUCAUAUGCUCAGAAGAGCAGCUUAAGACAUUCUCUCUGCCUAAUUUGAAGCCCAGAUGGAAGAACAAAAUUACAGCUAUUGAUGGAGCCAGACUGAGAAAGAUUAAUUUUGUCAACUUUAGGAGAGAAGCAGAUACCUACAGUGAAUUUGAUAUUGCUUGUCUUACAAAUACUGGUGACCUUCGAGUUUAUUCUGUUUCCACACUACGCAGGCAGCUUACAUCACAGUCACUUCGUAAAGAAGAUAUCAAUGGCAUUUCAUCUUUUGUGUUCACCAAAGACGGACAAGGCUUUUACUUGCAAUCACCAUCUGAGUUCUGCCGGGUGACUUUGUCAACCACUACCACUACUGGCAUUCCAAAAUGUGAACUUGAACUAGCAGAAGGUCUCCGGCCUCCACCUGAAGUGAGAGAGGAUGCAGCUACUGCAACAUCUGAUCGCCCAACAGUUGAAAUUACACCAGCCUCAGAGGAGCAAUCACAGACAGCGCAAGGUGAUGCUGAUGGCACUGCAGUCAGUGCAGAUGAUUCCCACAUGAACAUGUCAGCAAUGUCAGCAGAUAUAACCAUUGACAGUGUCAGGGAUGUCAUUGCAGAAAAUGAAGGGACCAUUGUGACUUCAGUUAGAACCAUUACACAGACCACUACAUCCACAGUAUCAGAAAGUUCAGCAUCUGCAACCCAGGAGGCACACAGGGCUGUCACAACAGUAACCAAUGGUUAUAAAGAGGUAGAUGAAGGUGUGACAGAUAUCCUGAAGGAAACACAGCAUGAAGUGACUACAAGAACUAGUGAAUUUGUCACUAAAACCACAGAGAAAGUGACCCAUACAGGUGAGGAAGUACUGAAACAACUUAGUGAGCUCAAGAUGACCACGGCAGUGAUUGAAGACCCAUCUCUCCUGAAACAAAAACUAGUCGAGUCUGUGACCACCACCUCCAGCAGCUCUGUAAUCACCACUAAUGGAGAAGGGGAACUGGCCAAAUAAAACAUUUUAAACUUGUGUUUUUCCACUAAGGUUAAAAUGCAAAAAAAACAACUGCAUCAGAGCUGAUCUUUCUUUUACUGUGUAAUUAGCUGAAUGGAGAUUCUAAAUGGGGAGCCCUAUAAUUGUCCAAGUUUCUCUUCUGUUUUGUGAACAAUCAGAUGUAUCUGAACUAUGUAUAGAUAUUUCAUCUUCAAAUCAUUGUGAAACAAACCUGUACAUUUUUGUUUGUUUGUGAACUAGGUGCAUAUAUAUUUUUUUAACUCAUGUGUACACUGGUAAAGACUUAAAUUUUAAGGUGAGGUGGAGGUUAAGGUUCAUGGUUUUUAUUUAGCUUGGACAUCUGAGGUAGGUUUUUGACCCAUGUCCAACAUAUUGUUUUUAUCUGUUACUGGAAACUGGAAAUACUUGGUUCCUGAAUUUGUUUUAAUACUUUUUUUUGUAUGAAUGUUCCUUGUCUUUCUUUUUUUUUUUCAAGGUCAAGGACAAUUGUUUGGUUUUAUUUCCCUCUCAUUUUUAUUUGUAAAUGACUUUACUUGUCCAUUUUUAAUUCUAUACACAUCAUUGAGAACUAGAGGCUGGUUGUGCAAAUGGACAUUCCUUUUUUUUUUUUUUUUUUAAUAUGUAUCCCUAUGUUCUUUUUUAUUUUCAUUUUAACAAGUUGUCUUUUUUUAUAUGAAAGAUAUUUCAGCAGUAAGUAAAACAUAUGGUACGGUUUGUUUUUUAUUUGAAAUAUUCUUAAUCUUUAGAACAUAAAAACUCCACAUCUAAAAGACAGUUGUUGUUCAAUGUAAGCACUAGAGGUUAAUGUAACGUGGAGAAACAUUUUUGUUUUAUAUAUAUAUAUGUAGUGCUACUUAAUUUUUUAAUAAACAAUUUUUUUUUAGAAACAUUUUUCUGUUGCCAUUAUGAAUUGAGUACCUUAGAACAUUACGAUGCAGGCAGAUUAAUGGCCAUUUUUUUAUUCAAUAUACUUUGCUAUUUUUGUAUAUUUUUCUACCAUUGUCAUUGAAUCUACUUCCCUUUAAAAGUGUAUUCUAGUUUGUGCUUUUGUAAGACUUUGACUACAUCCAAGUGAGUUGUCUGCUGUAACUUGCUCCCCCUACAUUACAUGUAUUUUUAGUGUAUGGCUCCUACUUUUUGUCAUGGUCAUUGACAUUUUACUGCUCAAUAGGCACUCGCAUAUUUUCUUGUCCUUUAAAAGUGGGCCUAAGUUAUGUUUUUGUACAAACUUGUAUAAAUACCAGUAGGCAUUGUUCGAUGUUUUUGUUUUCAUUGAUUUUUAUGCAGUCUAGGGAGUUUGUGUGCAUCAUUACUGUGUGCAUCAUUACAGAGGCACACUCAGUUGCUCAUAAUUAUUACAUUAAUACUAACAACUGUGGUGUUCCGUCAGCGUGUAAUUAUCCAGCAAAUAGUUUUGAAUACAAAACUUCAUUGGUAAAGGUUUUUGAUUAAAUACUGGGUAGCUCAAACUUGAAAUAGUUUAUUCUAGAAUGGAGCAGUCGAUCCUGUGAGGAGAGAUAAUUUACAUUCUAGAAUAGAGUAGUCAAUCCUCUGAGGAGUUAUGUUCACCAAUCUAUAAAUGUGCUCAAAAAGUGUCUACAUUGAAACUGCUGUGGUGUGAGCUCAAACUGCUGCAGGAGGUCAGCUGAUGUUACUGCUGCCCAGUGCUAGACUCUAGUAGCAAUAAUUUCAUACAUUCAAAUGUAUAGUUUUAACCAUAUUUUGCUCAGCUCAUGAUUUAUUCUAGUUGGCAAUAAAAAUAGGAUCUGUGUGUUUUUUCUUCUUUGCAAUGAUUUGCCUGUGAUCUAGUAGUUCAAGAAGUCCAGCUGCUUGGAUCACAGUGCAGUUUGUUAAAAGUUCACUUAAUCUUUCAGGCAAGGGCCUUAAUUGUUGUUUCUGCUUGAUCUUUUCUUUUUUAAAUUCCGCCUUAAAUUUCAUUUUUUUAUGUGUUGUUUUGUUUUGAUGACUUUUGCUAAAUGUGUAUGUAUGCCACUGUGCUUUGUUGCUGCUCCCUCCCCCCCACUACUGAUGUGUGUUCAAAAGAUUAGGUCAAAACUAGGUUGUUGUUUGCAAUGUAUUGAUUUCAUUUUUCAAUUCCUCUAUUCUAAAUAUAAGAAGAAACUUGACAGAAUAAAACAUUAUUGUCCAUUUUAA